AUGGACCACGAACACGACCAGAACCUGAACAUCAGAGUUCAUCUCAGAGUCAGAGUCUCAGGAUCAUCUCAGGAACAUGUCCGAGGACAAGAGGAGCGGCUCAGACAGUCUGCAGCAGCAGCGGCGGCGGUGGCGGUGAACACACUGAUCUGA